UCUCUUUCAAUUUUCAUUUUUCUUUUUAGGCCUUUUAUCAGUCAAGUUGGUCCUUCACUGUUAAAGAGCACUCCUUUUUUUUUCACUUUGACUCACCAGUCACUACAGAAAACAGAGGUAGAGAGUGUUGUGAGAACAGAGAGGGCUUAGCAAUGUUGAAGAUGGUGUGGCUUAUCUUCUUCCAGCUUAUGUUUCUGGGUCUUUCUGGUGCAACGCAAGAAUCUGCUCAAGUCCUAACUCUCUUUGAGACAUCCCAUGAGGUGUUUCAAGGUUCAAAUCUUCCCAUAGCUGUUUCUGUGAGAGAGCUCAGUGAGGUAUCAACCAGUGUGUUAAUGGCUGAAACAUGGCUCAGAACCCAUGUUCUAGGUCACUACCCUUCCAUCCCCAUCACCACCAUUCUUGUGGGUGACACCAUUCUCUGCUCUGAACAUCACAACAAUCUGAGCUUGGUGUUACUAGCCCUCAAGAACAUCCAUCACUCUCUCACAAGGUGGGGUCUUGAGAAAGACAUCAAAGUCUCAGCUGCUUUCUCUUCUGGUUGUUUGGGCAAGAGCUCCGAGAGGUUUGUGAGGCCUAUACUAGAGUUUCUCCAGGACACCAACUCUACCUACUCUGUGAACCCACCUCCAAAGGUCUCACCUUUCUCUGAUGAAACCAUUCAGCUGGUGUCUUCUCACUCAGAAACCCUUAAAAAGCUUGGAUUUUUGGGGCUCAGAAACAUCAAUGUGAUAGUCACCAACCCAAAAGAGGCAAAACCAAGAACCAGAAAGCUCUCUUCCAUUGACCCAUUUCCAACUAGACCAAACCCACAACCCAUAACCUCAGACCCCCCACUCCACUCCUCUGUUGGCUUCUCUGUUCCUGCCAAUGUAGCCAAAAACCCUCAACCCCCACAAGCCCAGCUAGCCUCACCAGCACCAUCCCAAACAGCCUCACCUCCAAUUCCUGAAACAGCUUCACCACCAGUGGAAAUGUGGUUUCCUCAUGCCCCUGAAGUCUCUCCUGUUCAAGCCACUCCUUCCCCUUCUGCUUAUGUAAUGCCACCCUGUAGAGCCCCAGCACCUGAAUUUAGGCCUGUGCAUAAGCUGUGGUGUGUGGCCAAGCCUACCGUUCCGGCAGAGACAUUGCAGGAGGCGGUGGACUAUGCUUGUGGAGCUGGUGGUGCUGAUUGCGAGGAGAUUAUGCCAAGUGGAAACUGCUACUACCCUGAGUCUGUUGUAGCUCAUGCUUCUUAUGCUUUCAACAGCUACUGGCAGAAGAACAAGAGGAAUGGAGGCACUUGCAGCUUUGGUGGCACAGCUAUGCUGAUCAACAGUGACCCAAGUUAUGAACUCUGCCGUUUUAUUAUCACCUAAUGCAUCAAGAUCAGCAGUUGAGACUAUUUAUCUAUUCGUAUAGGAUAGGAUUGAAUUAGGGGAAAUCAGAUUCUAUGACUGGUCUGUAAUUUUGGAAGCCUCGAGUUUUGGCACUAGUUUACUAGUCUGCAUUUUGAAGAUAUUAAUCUAGUUCUAAGUAGUUAUCUCAGUGUGGUAUCUGUGCUCAAUCGACAAGUACUCUUUUGACUUGUAAUCCUUUGCGAUACUCAUCUUUGCUAUGAUUAGAGGGAUUU